AUCAGAGCUAGGAAUUAGAGAUUCUACUUACCAACAGCGACAUUAUGUAUCACCAGCGCCAACUGCCAUAUGCGCCGACUCCCUAUAGCUACACUCCAAUAUCUAAUCUUUCGGCGACGAUAAGCCUUGAUGAGGAAGUUAAGCUGUCCACGACGAACGCUGAGCGUGACCUUUACGAAUCGCUGGCGGAGCUUUAUAGUAUCAUUGUUACCUUGGAUGCAGUCGAGAAAGCUUACCUUCGAGAUUCGAUGAAGGAAGUGGAAUACACAGAUACCUGCAGCCGCCUCUUAAAGCAGUACAAGUCUGUUUUGAAUAAUGACACAGUUGCAAAAGCCUUCGUGGAUAUCGAAACAUUCACAAGAGAAUGGGAUAUGGAAUGUCCUCGAGCAACCGAACGCAUAAGGGUCGGUAUCCCUGCGACAGUCGAGGCUUCGUCAUAUAAAUCGACCACCAAUAAUGGAGGCAAUGCAGACGCCGAUGUUAUCUUGGUGGUCACAGCUACUGAAAACUUCAUUACAGUUCUCGAUGCCGUCAAGAUUGGGAUGCUGGAGAAAGACACAUUGCAUCCACUUCUAGCCGACAUUAUACAGGCCGUGAACAAGGUUACCGAUGAGGAAUUUGAUAGCAAGUCGAAGAUUAUUCAGUGGUUGAUAACCCUCAACCAAAUGAAAGUGUCUGAAAAGUUAACCGAAGACCAAGCUCGGGAGUUCCAAUUUGAUAUUGAACAAGCAUACUAUGGAUUCAAGGAUACUCUGAAGAGAUGAUCCGGAUUCGACUACUUCUCCACCAUACCACAUUACAAAUAUCACGAGGACUAUGACGACACCGCCCGUUCAGGUAGGUAUGCGCCAGCGCU